CAAUCACGUUUAUCCUCUCAGAUGACCAUGUUGAAAAUCCUGGGACCGACUGACGUGUCCUUCAUAUGGUUUUAGUAAGGACAGUCAGGAUGACAGAUCCUAUUCUCACGUGUUCCUUGAUUAAUGUUUGACUUCUACUGACCAGGAGUGAAAAAACAGGAUGAUUCGUGUCAAAAGAAGGAACCUGAUACUGUUGGUUGUGAUUGGGGCUUUCCCUACAGGUCUCCUGGUCUAUUUAGCCUUCUCAUCAGAUGAUAUGUUACCAUCACAGAUGAAUACAUUGGACAUACAUCAGGUGGAGUCCCGAUUUUCACAAAUGUUACGGGAACUUGACAAGGAGAAUAAGGCUGUCAACAAAGAACUCAGCUUAACCAGGAGCCAGCUGUUGAGUCUACAGAUGAGUAUGGCUGCCCAAAAUGACAGCAGGAUGAGUAACAACACUAGAGUACGAUGUAAAAACCCUCAACCUGAAGUUCCCAAAUGUGAGGUGAUUCAUGUCGCUAUUGUCUGUGCAAAAAAUAAUGCCACACGACAGGUUGUGACAUUAAUCAAAAGUAUCCUGUUCUAUCGCAAGAAUCCUCUGCACUUCCAUUUCAUCUCUGACAACAUCGCCCAACUCAUCCUCCUGUAUCUGUUUGAGACAUGGAAUGUAGCUGAAGUGGAAGUGAGUUUUUACCCUGCCAGCAGUAUAGAGAAUGAUGUGUCCUGGAUCCAAAACAAGCAUUACUCUGGCGUGUUUGGGUUGAUGAAGCUGACACUGCCUAAAACACUACCUCAAAGUCUACAAAAGGUCAUUGUUCUAGACACGGAUGUCACCUUUGCUACAGAUAUAGCAGAACUUUGGAAAAUAUUUCAAGUGUUAAAAGGCAAAAAGGCUAUAGGUUUAGUAGAGAACCAGAGUGACUGGUACUUAGGAAAACUAUGGAAGAAUCAUCGACCUUGGCCAGCUCUGGGACGUGGGUUCAACACUGGAGUAAUUCUACUUGACCUACAUAUCUUGCGACAGCUGGACUGGACUAAUCUGUGGCGGUCAGUAGCUGAGAAAGAACUGUUGACCAUGCAUUACACAUCUCUGGCUGACCAGGACAUUUUCAAUGCUGUCCUGAAGCAGAAUGAGUACCUUCUGUAUCAUCUCCCUUGUCAAUGGAACGUCCAGCUGAGUGAUAACACACGCAGUGAACAAUGCUACAGUGACAUUUCUGACCUCAAGAUCAUUCACUGGAAUUCACCGAAGAAAUUAAAAGUGAAGAACAAACAUGUGGAAUUCUUCCGUAAUCUAUACCUGACCUUUCAAGAAUAUGAUGCCAAUUUGCUGCGAAAUCGAUUGUUUGGCUGCGGAACAACUAGUGCUGUAAAUCCAAUGCAGGAACAGCUGAAUCAAAUCAGUGAAGAUGACGAGUGUUAUGACUUCAGUCGAGAGCGUGUUAUGGUGCAUCGUACCCAUUUGUACUAUAUUGACUAUGAGUAUGAACCAGUGGAAAAUGAUGUCACACUGGUCACACAGCUAAGUAUGGAUCGACUACAGAUGCUGGAGACAAUCUGUAAACACUGGGAGGGUCCCAUCAGUCUGGCACUGUACAUCUCUGACGCUGAGGCCCAGCAAUUCCUUAGAUAUGCCCAGGGCUCAGAGAUCCUUAUGAAGAGGAAAAACAUUGGCUACCAUGUUGUGUUCAGGGAUGGGCAAUACUAUCCGGUCAACUACCUGCGGAAUGUAGCCUUGAAGCAAGUGCGCACACCUUUUGUAUUUUUGUCUGACAUUGACUUCCUCCCUGUGCAUGACAUGUAUGAAAACCUCAAGAGGACAGUAGUAACAAUGGAUUUAGCAAACUCCAAAAAGGCUCUGAUAGUACCUGCUUUUGAGACACCACGAUACAGAAUAGACUUUCCAAAGUCUAAAGCUGAGCUUUUGUCCAGUCUUGACAUGGGUGACCUCUACACAUUUAGAUAUCAUGUAUGGCCUAAAGGGCACUAUCCCACUAACUACGCCAAGUGGAGAACCGCAACCACACCAUAUACUGUCAGCUGGGAGGCAGAUUUUGAGCCAUACAUUGUGGUUGGAAGGGAUGUACCAUUGUUUGAUCAGAGGUUUGUAGGAUUUGGAUGGAAUAAAGUUUCCCACACCAUGGAGCUGGACCUAGUGGGGUACGAGUUUGUUGUGCUUCCCAGUGCCUUUAUCAUCCACAUGCCUCAUGCUCCAAGUUUUGAUAUUGCAAAAUUUAGAUCCAGCUCUUUAUACAGACACUGUUUGAAGGUUUUAAAGAGAGAGUUUCAUAGAGACUUAUCACGUAAGCAUGGACUGAAGGCCCUGAAAUAUCUGACAGCAGACUGAACUGAAGGAUUUGUCAAUCUUCCUCCUAGCCACAACCUUCAUUACCUGUUUAUAUCUGUAGUAUCCUUCCAACUGUCAACAUCAUCCCCAUUAUUGACGAGAAUGUUAAUCCAAGAUUUGAUUUCCAUUCUGGAGAUGAUAUAAUUUUCGUUCUCAUUAGGGAUGUAAAAGUCACACCUGAAGGAAAAUUUUUGGUGUCUUCAUUGGAUAUGUUCAAAUAUAUGUAUUUUUGAAAAGAAAAACAAUCAAAAAGCAUUAGAAACACAUUGGUGCUACAUAUACCAAUUAGUUAACAGGGCACCACACUAUUGUUAUCUGGGUAUCUCAUGAUUAUAUGCAUUUGUCACAUGAUAAUAUCUGGAUGUCACAUGAUUAUGUAUCUGGAUGUCACAUGAUGAUGUAUGUCACAUACGGUUGUGUCCGAGUGUCCCAUGGUUGUUAUCAGAAUCAAAUAUUAAUGUUACACAUGGUUACUGGUAAUGCGUUUUGUCAAAAUAAUCUAGAUAAAACAUGUUUAUUAUCUAGAUGUUACUCAGUUAAUGUAAGCCAAAGAUAUUAUUAUCAUUUAAGAUUUAAAUAUGCCUACUUUCUACAUUUUUUUGCCAUAAUUUUUGGAAUUAAAACAUUGCAGUAUUGGAAUGGAGAAAAUUUGACACUUUUUAAUUGUCUUUUUAAUAAUGAUAUGGUUAUUUUCAAAAGCCCAGAUCAGAGA